AGGAGGGUUGUCUCCGCUGAGGGAAGGCGGCGGAGGGCCCUCUUCUCCUUCUCUCUCUCCCUCUCUCUCUCUCUCUCUCUCUUUCUGCUGCCAAGGAUGAGAUAAUAAUAGUCCCCAAAAAGGGGGGGGAGGAGGGUCGGCAGAGAGGGAGGGGCAUGUAGGAGCGUGUGUGUGUUGUGUGUCUACAAAGUGUGUUUGUGUGUGUGAGACAGCAAACUCUGAGGAGGGGGCUUUGGGGGACGUACUUUAUCCCCCCCCCCCACAUCCCUCCUCCUCCUCAGCCCCAAAAGAGAUUGAGGAGGGGGAUUCUGUGUGUGAGAGAGAGACUUUUGGGGAGAGAGUUUGCGAGGGUCUAUCCUAACCCCCCCCCCCCAAAAAGCAUCCUCUUCCUAAAUCCCAAGGCGAGAUUGAGGCGUCUGUGUGGAGAGGAGGGUCCUCGGGGGGUGUUUGUGUGUGGCUGCAAUUACCUUAUUCCCCUUCCUUCCUUCCAUCCUCCUCAUCCUCCCCAUCAGAUCCUCCUCUGUGAGAGAGAGAGAGAGAGAGCUGUGGGGAGGGGGCUUGGGGUGUCUUACCUUACCCCCAGCCUCCUUUUCCUCCUCCUGCUAAGUCCCAAGGCGAGGUUGAGGAGAGAGAGAGAGAGAAAGUGUGUGUGUGUGUGUAGGGGGUCCUUUGUGUGUGACAGCCACCUGUAGAGAAGGGACUUCCCUUAUCCCACCUCCAUCCACCUCCUUAGUCCCAAAGCAAGAUUGAAGAGUCUCUCUGUGUGUUUGCCACCUUUGGGGAGGAGGUUGGGGGGACAUACCUUCUCCUCCUUCUCCUCCAUUGCCCUCCUUACCCACCUCCUAAAUCCCAAGGCGAGAUUGAAGAGUGUGUGGGGUGUGUGUAUAUGUGUGACAACCACCUGAGGAGAGUGGGCUUGAAGGGAAGAAGUACCUUAUUUCCCUCCUCCUCCUCCUCCUAAGUCCCAAAGCCAGACUGAGGAGUGUUUGGGGGUCCUCUGUGUCUGUGUGACAGCCACCUGUGAAGCAGGGGACAUACCUUAUCUCUUCCUCCAUCCUUCUCCACCUCCUCCUCCUCCUCCUCCUCCUCCUCCUCCAUCUCAAUCCUAAAGCAAGAUUGAGGAGUUAAGGGGGGAUCCCUCUGUAGUGUCUGAGUGACAGCUAUCCUCCUCCUCCUCCUUUUCCUCCUCUUCUUCUCCUUUUUCCUGGAGGGUGGGGGCACUUUUUGGCAGCCUCAAGGGGGGGAGUUGAGAGAGAGAGAGAAGGAGAGAGGCACCCAUUCCUAGCAAAGAGGAUGGAGGGGGAAAUGAUCAGGGUGUUUUGGGUUAGGUUCUUUUUUUGGAGUGGAGAAGGGUAAUGUAAACCCUCUUCUUCUUCUUCUUCUUCUGGCUUUUUAUUUCCUUCCUUUUUUAAAAAGAAAAGCUCAGGGCAGCCUGGUGUUGGUUGGCAUCAGUUUAGGAGGCAUUCUGGGGGUGGGUGGGUGUAAAGGAAGGGAGGGGGCUUGGCCAUUCCCAACCCCACCCUGCCUCAGUUUGGUCUUUUCAAAUCUAUCCCGAGACGCUUGCUUGCUCAAGGCGGGUAUUUUUGUGCCUGGCGUAGUAGGGAUUUGGAGUGGCCCCUUGGUUUGUUGUCUUAUCUGGAGUGGUACUGGGUGUUGCUUUCGGUGGGUAAUCUGUGGAUUUAGUGGAUUUUUAAAAAACCAGUUCACUGAAGAAGUACAGAAGAGACCUGUGUGCCUGCUGCCUUCUAUUACGUUUUUUGUGGCUUGGCUUGGCUUCAUUCCUGGAGGAGUGUUGUUGGGUUUUUCCCCCUCCCCACAUAUAAAUCCGCCUAUUGAUUUCCUAAAAGGAAAACAAAUCUAAAGAAACGCAGAAAACGCACACCAAACCUGCCUCCGGGAGGGAAACCGCCAGGUGAAAAACACGCACUCAGUUUCCAUGGACAACCCGUCCAUUAUCACCCAGGUGACUAACCCCAAAGAGGAAGAAAUCCUGUCCUGCUCUCAGGAUAAAGUGUCCCAAUGUAAUCUCAGUUUGAAGAAGCAGAGGAGUCGAAGCAUCUUUAGCACUUUAUUCUGCUGCUUUCGUGACUAUAAUGUUGAGCCACCAUCUUCCAACAGCACCAGUGUCCUUCCUCCAUUGGUGGAAGAAAAUGGCGGGCUUCAGAAGCCACCAGCUAAAUACCUCUUGCCUGAAAUGACAAUAUCUGAUUAUGGGAAGAAAUGUGUGGUCAUUGAUCUAGAUGAAACAUUAGUGCACAGUUCCUUUAAGCCAAUUAGCAAUGCUGAUUUCAUUGUUCCAGUUGAAAUUGAUGGAACUAUACAUCAGGUUUAUGUAUUAAAACGGCCGCAUGUGGAUGAAUUUCUUCAGAGGAUGGGAGAGCUUUUUGAAUGUGUGCUGUUUACAGCCAGUCUAGCAAAGUAUGCAGACCCAGUGGCAGACUUGUUGGAUCGCUGGGGUGUGUUCCGGGCUCGGCUCUUCAGAGAAUCCUGCGUUUUCCACAGAGGAAAUUACGUGAAGGAUCUAAGUCGACUUGGGCGAGAGUUGAGCAAGGUUAUUAUAGUGGAUAACUCCCCUGCAUCUUACAUCUUCCAUCCAGAAAAUGCAGUGCCUGUGCAGUCCUGGUUUGAUGACAUGACAGACACCGAAUUGUUAGACCUUCUUCCAUUCUUUGAAGGACUAAGCAAAGAGGAGGAGGUCUACACUAUGCUUCAUAAACUCUGCAACAGGUAGCCUUUGAAGCCUAAAAGCACUGAUUGACUGCAGCCACUCUGGGAGACAUUCAUAAUCACACAGCAUCUAAAAGAGGCUGUUUUUCUCAAGAGUGAUAAACGCUCUCGAUCUUCCUCUUGCAAUGCUGUACAUGAAGGACAAUCGUGAACUGAUGCUACUAAAAUCAUGGGAAUACUGAUGCCGUAAGGUGAUAAACUACUUUUUUUAAAAAGAAAAAAAAAUUAAAACGAAGCUAUUUUGAAUGGAACUGUUUUAAUGAAUUUCAUAAAUGGACACGUUUUACAGAUCCUGCAUUUUUUCUUAAAAACAUGCCAAAAAUAUAUAUUUAAAGCUUGAUGUUGUUUCAGCACGUGGACUUGACCCUUGUUCCCCCUUCCUUACUCAACCCAUUCCAUCCCGCUAUGCAGACCAUUUCCCCCACUCCAUCCUGCUUAUAGAGCAGUUGACCUGACUCUGAACUUUCUUUCUUCCAUGAUAAAGUGCCUUUUUCAAAUGUUGUUUUAAGAUUUAAAGGAAAAAAAAUCAUUUUUGUAGGAGACAUAUUUCCAGGCAUCUUUUAGUCUUGUAUUGUUUAAACGCUUGAAGAAGAAGAGAAAAAGAAGAAGAACCGUAUUACGUGGAUGGAAAACAGAGCAUUGGAAACAGGGAUGGGAGUUCUGUCUCUAAGAUUAUAUCUUUAGAGUCAUACGGGCUACAAGCUUGGGUCAGGCUUGAAAGGUUCAGGAGUAUAGGAGCAGGUAUACUGAAGUCAACUGGGUAAUAUAUAUGUCAGUGACAUAACUGUCUUAAAAAUCUGGGGCAUGUUUUGCACAUAGUUUAGAGUGUAUCUGAAUAUGCUGACAUGGAAUGGAAUAUACACACAGUGGCAAGUAAUUCCUCAGCGCCUUCCAGAAGGGUCUUCUAUGGUCUUUGCUAACGCACAAAUAACAGGUAUUUCUGUUGUUGGUGAUGAGAUACUGAUAUAAAUUAUUGAAGGUUUAUUUAUGAAGCUUGAAUUCUUUCCAUACACAAAGAUGUGCAUCAAGCUGUUUGCAGAAUAUAUCCCCCCCAACCCUUAUGAAAGGAGUGGGAUAUAAACCAGGAGCACGCCUCUCAUUCCUAGCAACGGGGCACACACAGGAGACAGAUCCCAAUUUUAUUGUGCCCUGUGUAUUUUCUCAACUGCUGCUACAAAAGGCUCACCCGAAUGAAACUGAACCCCGGCUGUUAUACUGUUCUUCGCCACUGUGCCUGUGCUACUGAAACCUUUGUUGAAAAGCUGCAAAAUAUGGGCAACAGAUAAAUGUGCCAGCUUUGUGUUCAAAGCCCUUUAACAUAUAUUGGCUGACACAAUCAAGUACAACCCACAAAUUUACUUUUAAAAAAUGGGCUUGUGUGCCCUGUUCUUAGUCCUUCAUUGUGAUUUUUAAAAAAUAUUUCCUUCCUUUUAUGCUUCCUUAUUUUAAGGGGAGGGGGUUAGGAGCAAUGAUUCUUAAGUGUCCUAUGAGUGAAAGAUUUUGUAGCAUCUCUCAGACCAAGUAUGGGAUUGUUCACCCUUAACAGAAGUGCUGAGAUUAUUAAAACUGAAAUUCUCUGUGAAAAAUGUUUUGUUGAGAAUUGUCCAAGUGUUAAAAUCACUCCAUUGACAGUUUGCAUGAAUACUCUCAAAUUGUUCUCUUGCUUGGGGCUUCAUGCUUUUUAUAUUUAACCUUGCCCUCCCAUCCUUUGCCAAUUGAUUCAGAGUAAGGAAUGUCAAGAGUUUGUCAGUGGUAGGAAAACUGAUGCUAUCAAAAACAUCUAUAUCCUUCACCCUUUUUUACUCUUUUUGGACCGCAUGAAGCUAAGAGGGCACACACAGUAGCACAAUCCCUUUUUGGCUCUUUUAAUCUCUCUUUCUUCUCUCUCUUCCCUUUGCACCAGUGGAAAUCAUAGUUGCUCAAAUUUAGCCAUGUUGGACAGGAAUUGUCCAAAAAUGUUUGGUGCUCAACCCAGCAAACUGUCAAAUGCUGAAACUGGCUUGUUGCCACUCCUUGCCUUUACCGGAAUAUGGCCAGUAGGAACCUCAAGGAGCUGGAAUGGAUUUCUAAUCCUCAGCUAAAAACAUCUAAGCAGCAGCUUGAACCCAUUAAUUCAUAAAAAAAAACAAAGAAACAGUCCAGCCUCCAUGGGCAUGGAAAAGGUCAGCCUUCCCCAACUUGGUGCCAUCUGGAUGUACUGGAGUACAGCUCCCAUCAUCCCCAGCCGGCCUGGCCACAGGGUUGGAGAAGGCUGUAAUAGGUUACCACAGGCACAGUAGAAAACAGACAUCACUCCAUAGUACAGCCGUCCCCAACCUAUACCUUUGAAACGUAUUGGACUAUAAUCCCCCAAAAUUCCACAACUCUGCUAUCUGUAGGAUUAUGGGAGUUGCAGUCCAGCAUAUAUCAGGAACAUGAGGCUGGGGAAAGCCACCAUCCUGCAGUUUUGCCCAGUGUUUCCAGAGCUCUUGCAGUGUUGUAUAAGCAGUACAGACCUAUUUGUCCCAAAACAAUCUCCCACCUGUUCACCAACUACACCUUGCUUGACCAUGGGAGGUUAUUCCCUUUAGUACUGUAUGUGUUGUCUGCCAGGAAUUUGGCAACAUGGAAAAUACCCAACUACUGGGGCAUUUUUUUUUCCUUUUUAACUUUUGUUUAAAGUAUGGAUUCUGGUUAGUCCAUGAAGCUUUCUGUCAUUCAAAAUAUUCUCCUGAUUUUGUAUUUCAAUUCAAAAUAAUGAAACAGUUCUACUGCCAAAGCAUGUUCUCUGAGCAGUAUUUUUCCACUGUGUUUCUGGCCUUGUGAGCCUCAAAUACAGUCUGCAGGGAAAGUAUUCAGGUUGUAGUGAGGGCAAGUAUGAUGGGAAUAGUUGGAAUUAAGUAGAAGAAAACCACAGGGGGUUCUUCUUGUAUUAACUCUCUCGAUCUUCCCAACUGCCAGUUAAUAUCAUCUUGCCCUUUCUAGUGUGGUGUGACCUUCUGACAGUUUUAUGAGAUCUGUUUGUACAUAAUGCAGACCAUUUUCAUUCAAUGUUCACUUUUUAUAAAAUCAGUGAUUUUAUCUCUAACCAGUUGCCUUAAAUGUCUGUGAAUGAAUGUUGAUUAUUAAAAGUGUCUUGUAACGUUGUGGAAUCCACAUACAAUGGACAAUAGAACUUCUCUUUUUAGCUCUAGUUUUAAGAACCUGAAAAUAACGCUGGGACUUUGAAAUCUACUAAAUUCUGGAAAAAUAGUGGCAUGUGCUGUAGGCUAUAUUUCAGAGGAAGGAAUUGGCAAAAAAAUACUCCUCU